AUGGGUAAGGGAGGUCGCAUCGCGUGCAUUGCGGUGCCAUAUCUAUGGACGAUUGGAGCUUUAGUCGCCAUCAUUUUCGUGGGCAUCGGUUCCACGGACUCUGAUUCAGCUACACUAAACAAGCUGUUUUUUAUGAGAGCCGAUCUUUCCAAUGUCACGACCGUUGAAGCAACGAGGUUCGGCGACCAGCUCCUGAACCUCACCUCGACCGCCAUGAGAAAUGCCACCGAGGAGCUUGCCGCCGCUCUGGAAGAGGCCGAGAAAGCCUCGGAACUCCGCGAUUUCUACAACAUUGGUCUAUUCGGUUACUGUACUGGAGACAAGGAACAUGGAAAAUAUGACGUGGACUUCUGUAGCAAGCCCAAAGGAAGCUUCUGGUUCAACCCGCUUGAGGUCUGGCACUUGAACAUUAGCGGCGUGCCCGAUUUGCUCCCAACGCAUCUCCAGUCCGAGCUGAAGACUUACCAAAAGGUGUCUCACUGGAUGUUUGUUUCAUAUGUCCUUGCCUUUGCCGCCACUUGCCUUCAGCUACUUGUUGGCUUUUCGGCAAUUUUCAGCCGUAUAGGAAGCCUGGCCACAACCGUCGUAGCCGUGGUUGCUACUAUCUUCAUGUUCGCUGCAAGCAUUACCUCGACCGCUCUCUUUGUGGUGCUGGCCGGCGUCUUCAACACCUCACUCAAAGAUUACGGUGUUACUGCCCAAUUGGGCGGCAACCUCUUUGCUGCAUCGUGGCUUGCUGCAGCGUUAUCCCUUGCAAGCUCAGUUCUCUGGCUUUUCAGCUCAUGCUGCUGCUCGGGCCGUACCGAAGCGCGUCGCUCUUCACCGAAGAGCACUUACAAUUAUGAAAAGGUCGAUGUGGGAUCUGGUUCAUCAACUCACUCCGGUCAUACCACAGCGCCGGCUCCCACCUUCGAUAACACAAAUACGGCGUAUGAACCAUACCGCCACCGGUAA